AGAAGAAGUCGCGCAAGAGCUUUUGUUUUCAUAUUGUGGUUGUCACGUUAGAAAUAAUUGAUCUAUCAUUUGAAGCCUCGAACGUCUAAUAUAAUAAUCUCGACGUUACUUAACGUUAAGGCUGACAGGGCCGUUUGAAGUCAGCGGUUUGAGUAAAUGUAACUUACGUGAUUAAAUUGUUGUAAUAAAUGAUGGCAGAAGGCAGCAGUAGUUUGAGCAGUCUUCCUCCCGGAGACCCGCAGCUCAUCUCGCUCAUAGUGGAGCAUCUGAAGAACAGAGGCCUGUUUGAUGAGUUCAGAAGAGAUUGUCUGGCAGACGUCGACACGAAGCCUGCGUAUCAGAAUCUGAGACAGAAGGUGGACAACUUUGUGUCCAAUCAUCUCACCACUCAAGAAUGGAAUCCGUCCAUCAACAAGAACCAAGUGAGGAACGUGCUGAGACAGAGCGUAGUUCAGUCAGGGAUGAUGGAGUCAGGUGUGGACCGGAUCAUUACUCAGGUGGUGGACCCUAAACUGAACCAUAUCUUCAGACCUCACAUUGAGAAAGCCAUUCAUGACUUUCUAGAAGGCGAGAACAAAGAGGACGGGCCGUCGAAUUCAACCACUGAAGCAGAGCCGCAGGAAGCCGCCAGCAACACUGCCACAAAAAUACAAACAGCGUUAUCAGUACCGUCAGAAAUGCGUGCUCGGUUUAUCGUAGAUGUGCUUUUAUUUGUACUGGCGGUGCGGCAAACUGGCGCGAGUGAGUCGAGCAGCGCUCAUGACAGCUCGCUGGAGAGAUCAAUGAACAUCCAGAAGAGGAGACUGUCUCUGCAGAACACAGCCGAAAUUCAGCAGUGCUUGUUAAACGCGGGUGAUGUGGGUUGCGGGAUGUUCGAGUGCUUCAACAACAACUCCUGCGAGAUCCGUGGACUUCAUGACAUCUGCAUGAACUUCCUCCACAACGCAGGCAAAUUUGACUCGCAGGGAAAAUCCUUUAUCAAAGAUGCGCUGAAGUGCAUGGCCCACGGACUGCGCCACAAGUUCAGCUGCGUGAGCCGCAAGUGUCUGGCCGUAAAAGAGAUGGUGUUUCAGCUUCAGCGCGAAUGUUACGUCAAGCACAACCUUUGCUCGGCUGUGAGAGAGAACGUCAACGUCAUGGUGGAGAUGAUCCACUUUAAGGACCUGUUUCCCAGAGGGCCUCACGUGGAGUUGGUGAAUAUCCUGCUGGGCUGUGGCGAGGAGGUGCGGGCCGCCAUCAGCCGUCGAAUACGAACUCAGUGCGAGCAGAACUGGGGAGCUCUGUGCGGGAGUCUAAGUCUCUGUGUCCUCGGAAAGGAAGUGGACCAGACCAAUUCCACCCUCACCCCUGCCACCACCCCGGACAUCCCGACCCCGCCAGGACCCAACGCCAAUUCCCUCCCGCCUCCGGCCCUGGUACGUCCUGAGGCUGAUGGGGAAAAGAUGUGGACGCUCACAGAUGAUGCAGAUGAACAUCCCAAUCUGUCCUCAGGCCUUCAGGCCCAACACAACAUCUCUAAUGCUAAUAAACAGCUAAAGAGAUUUCUGAAUGCCACAAAAAGGAGGUGAAGGGACCGCUCAGUGCCUUCAACAGCCCACACAUACUUAUUUGUGACAGCUAUUCUCUAUCUCUGCCUCACUCAAGGACAUAUAAGCUGCAGUGUUUAAUGACAGGGUAUUUCGUGGUUAUGAAGUUACAUUUUAAGCUGACAUUAGUCAUUGAUACAUUCGUUUUUUGUUUGUUUGUAGAUCAUUUUGUGCAAACAAAUAUUUGACGGGAGGAGUUAUACCCUUUGUAGAUUGUGGACAAAGUGCAUUCCUAAGACUGCAGACAGUAUUUGUGAUAACAUCAUUCCGCACGCUCAGUAUUUGUUAGCACUGAAACAACAAAAACAUUUGGGCGAAUGUCUGGGUCACCUUUUACCCCAAAAUCAAUAUUUUCCAUCGUCAAUUGCCAUAAUUUUAAUGGUGAUUCACAUUACAGCGAUAAAGCCAUUAUUCUGCAUUGUGGUGAUUUAUUUAAGCAAAAUACAAUUUUGGGGUAAAAUACGACCAAUCUUGCCAGGUUUCACAAGAUUCACUUAUUUGAUGAAUGUCCUCAUCAGGUGAUAUAAGCUCUUAUGCAGCAAAGGUGCGCAAACAAACCAGUCAACCACAAUGCUGCUUUUACCUAGACAUUACAUUUUUAUUAUCAGACCUCACAUCUUUUUAAUUGAACAUGGUUCAUACAUGAUUAUGCCUUCCUUGAUAAAGUGUAAUCCAACACAGAAACACUUCAAAACAGAAUCCAGACCUACCUCAUCUCUGUAACAUGCGCCUAUAUUGAUAUGCUGUGUAAUAUAUAAAAAUGGUCAUUGCAUAGAUUCACUCCCCUCUGCAAAAUGUAUCGUGUUGAGAUACCACUUAUUUGUUUUAUUUAAAUUAAUUUCUCUAAAGUUAUGCAUGAAAUUUAUCUUGUGGACUUUUAUCUUGAAGUCGGGUUUAUCACAGCCACUGUACAGUGCUGUUACGUCAAUUUACAUAAAUGCUUGUGCUAUUUAUUUGUUGUUGUUAAACUGUUAUUUUAUCAACCACUCUCACGUUUUUUUACUUGGGAUCUUUAACAAAAUAUUCAGUGUAUUCAUUAAAACGAUUUCCACAUUAAAUUAACCUUAUAUUCAGUUAUUUCGGGUCUUUGUUUGUGGAGUAGACACAAUUGUUUACGGUUUCUUCUUUAUGUGGUUACAAAUUCGUUUUUGCUUCAUUCAGUUUUAAUACAGAGGGAAUUAAAUGUGUUUCAAGACAAAAAAACAAGCUUUAAAAAAAUGAGCAAUAUACUCCUGAUAAAACAAGGUUUAUUACACCACCUAGUGGCUUGACCAGUAUAGACCAAACAGAACAUAUGGAACUCAUUUAUAUUUAGU